ACACGUUUUUACAGUUAUCUCUUGAAACUGAGGAUAACAAAAGUAUCAUUAUACCACGAUGAAAGUCUAUAAAAAAAACAGAUAACUUCACAAUUUUUUGGAGUGGGCAGAACAGAGAAAAACAUGGGUUCCCAAGUCCCAACACAUCUUAUUCACUUGGAAUUUGUCGCGCUGCUCGUGCGCUGUCACACUCCUUAUCCUCUGAAGCGCUGGUGCUUACCCAAACUGUGUGGCAGGUCUCGAAACCGCUAGGCUGCACCGGCAAAGCUGACGCUCGAGCAGAGAGGCAGCCCCCGUAUUCGCCGCUCGUCUCCAUGGAGGCAGUCGCCAGAGCAAGCAUCGCGGCAAGCUCGCACGCGCGGGUCCCCCUGUGCCGGCGACCGCGGCCGCGGCAGUGCCACGCCGCUCGGUGUCUCCAGGGGCGACGUUCGGUGGCCUGCGCGGCCGCCGCCGACGCCGAUGUCGUCCGCCUCUUCGACGCCGCCAAGCUCACGGUGGACGAGUUCGUGAAGAGCGGCAUGGUGGUCGGGCUCGGAUCCGGCGCCGCGUCGGGGCUCGCCGUCCAGUACCUCGGCACGCGCCUCCGGCGAGGCUCGCUGACCGGCAUUGUCGGCAUACCCUCGUCUGUGAUCUGUGCAAGUGAGGCGGAGAAAGCAGGGAUAAAGGUCGGCAACCACGAGGAAGGCGCCCAAAGGGCACACUCGCUGCUGUCAUCGGGCGCGGGAAAACCGAAAGCGGACAGCCUUCUUUCAUACAACAGAAGGUUAGCGCAACUCUUCAGACUGGAUACACAGGGUAUUGUUAAAUCGGCUGACAAGGUUGCCUUUAUCAUUGACAACGACAAAUAUGUGAAUGGCAUAGAGGGUUCCAUUCCAGUUUUGGUCAAAAGUGGAAACUGGAUUGACACCGCUGAAGAGAUUGAUGAUCUGUUCCUAGGUGACGCAGAGGUUUGGAGGAGGCCAUCCAUUGGAACUGCCGGUCCAUCAGGAGGCGACUUCCCGCUGGUUACCAAGGAGGGCCAUCAUAUACUUGAUGUUAUCUUCACAACCCCCAUCCAGGAUCUUGGAAAGGUAGCGGAAGGUUUGGAGAAAAUUGUUGGCGUUGUGGAGCAUGGGAUAAUUUGCAACACUACGCCGUAUGCUGUCAUCGCGUCGAAAGGGGAAGUUCAGGUCUUGGAUCGGAAGUCAUCGGUGAUACCAAACACAUAAAUCUACAAUUGAGUUGCAGAGCAACCAUUUCCCCUGCAUUUCGACGGGAGAAUCUACCGCGGGUUGGCUGGAAAAAAAUGCAAUGAGUCAAUAGUGAGAUAGCUAUUUUUUGUACCGUCCAACAUUGCUGUUGGUAAAAUUCUGUGUACCAUGUCCAAAGUGUUCCCCUCCAAACAUAUGAGUAUCUCCACAGAUGUGCAGUUACUGACUCUGUAAGCACCCUGGAGAUUCUAAAUCACAUGUUUAUGUAA